AUGUCAGCUCUGGUUGUUGAUUGUGACUUGGAUUGCAGCUGCUGCGAUAGCUGCGGGGAAGUAGCAGCUGCAGCUGUUGAUACUUCAGGAGGGCCCGGGGAGAUAGUAAUUGGAGGUGGUCCCUCCAAUGGCCCAGAUUUUGGGCAUUCUACAGGAUUCUCAACUGACAGAAACAACACUGGUGCUGCACAAUCCGUGCCGGCAGCAGGGGCAUCAUCACCAUUUGUGGAGUAUCUCGUGAACUUGCCAGUUACUGCUCCUGGUGUCUUUGAUGAUCCCAUUUCCCCACAGUCCCGUGCUGCCUAUUGGGUCUCUUAUGAAGACCUCUACAGUGCAAGUCUGCCAAUCACUGAUCCAAAGUUGUUGCAGCGGUAUGCCCUUGCCGCAUUCUACUUUGCAACUGGCGGAGACAACUGGGGGCAAUGUGGACGUGAAUCAACCAGCUGUGCAACAACUUCCUGGUUGUCAGAUAGUGAUGAGUGUACCUGGUACAGUUUGGGUUGCACUCAGCAGCAUCAAAUUUUUGAAAUCAGAUUUCCACCGGAUGGGAACCAUCUUGUUGGUAUCCUUCCUGCUGAGUUGUCCUUGUUGACUGGCUUGAAGCGCCUCUUGGCUUCUUCCAAUUCAAUCAAUGGUGGUUUGGACGCCCCUCUUGCUGGCCUGUCACUACUUGAGAUUCUGUAUCUCCCAUCUAACCAGUUCAGUGGUUCCAUUCCAGAUUCCCUUUAUACCUUGACAAAUUUGAGCUUCUUGUCACUGGCGGAGAAUUCUUUCACUGGCACCAUCAGCCCUGACAUUGGACAGCUCACACGUCUGGCAAAAUUGAAUCUGGGAAAGGCCUCCUUGUCAGGUACCAUACCAGACAUGAUUGGGUCGCUGGAUGCAUCACUUACUGACCUCUUGCUAAAUGACAAUCUGCUUGCUGGACCUGUGCCAGCAGCAUUGGGCCAAUUGACAAAUCUUGCAAAACUAGAAAUCCAAGGAAACCAAAUGACAGGAAGCAUUCCGGCAGCUCUUUGUGCCCAGCAACUUGGAGUCUUAAUAGUGGAUUGUGAGGUGCAGUGCAGUUGCUGCGAUAGCUGUGGUAGUGCAGCUGUUGCAGCUGUUCUUGCUUCCAGUGUUCUUUCUGGUGGUGACACAUCAUCCCUACAGUCCUACCUUCAAGUUCAUCCUGUCACAGCUCCAGGCGUCUUUGAACAUGCCCAUUCUCCACAAUCUCUUGCUGCCUCAUGGAUUGCUCAAGACAGUCUCAGUGUAGGCUUGCAAUUGUCUGACCCGAAGUUGUUGCAGCGUUAUGCGCUGGCCACAUUCUACUUUGCUACAGGCGGAGACAACUGGGAGCAAUGUGGUCGUAAUUCAGCUGCUUGUUCUAGUAACAAUCCCUGGCUGACAGAUGGUGAUGACUGUUCUUGGUACAGCUUGGCAUGCAAUCCGCAGGGUGAAGUUUUUGAAAUCAGGUUUCCUCAUAAGGGCAAUCACCUUAAUGGAAUCCUUCCUGCUGAGUUGUCCUUGUUGACUGGCUUGAAGUGGCUUUUGGCUUCUUCAAAUGAACUUAGAGGUGGUCUGGAUGCCCCUCUUGCUGGCCUGUCACUACUUGAGAUCCUGUAUCUUCCAUCAAACCAGUUCACUGGGUCCAUCCCAGAUGCAUUUUAUAGCUUGACCAGCUUGAACACUUUGUCACUGGCGGACAAUGCCUUUACCGGGACCAUCAGCCCAGAAAUCCGGCUGCUGGCAAAUUUGAGAAAGCUGGAUUUGGGAAAGACCUCUUUGUCAGGAACCAUCCCAAACAGCAUUGGGUCACUCGAUUCAACACUAACUGAUCUUUUGCUGAAUGACAACCAGCUUACUGGACCAGUGCCAGCAGCAUUUGGCCAGUUGACUAAUCUUGAAAAACUGCAAGUCCAAGGAAACCAGUUAACAGGAAGCAUUCCCUCUGCUCUGUGUGCCCAGCAACUUGGAAUGUUGAUAGUUGGUUGUGAGGUGCAGUGCACUUGCUGUGAAAACUGCGGGAAUGCAGCUGUUGCAGCAUUUCUUGCUUCCAGUGUUCUUUCUGCCGGAGACACAUCAAUGCUUGUGUCCUACCUAUCUGCGCUCCCAGUAACAACCCCGGGUGUUUUUGAUGACCCCUUUUCUCCGCAGUCUCUGGCUGCCUCCUGGAUUGCUCAAGACGUUUUCAGUGCAGGCUUGCAAGUAUCCGACUCAAAGUUGCUGCAGCGGUAUGCACUGGCCACAUUCUACUUUGCAACAGGAGGUGAAAACUGGCACCAGUGCGGCCGCGAGUCUCCUAGCUGUGGGGCCACUCAUUGGCUGACUGAUGGUGAUGCUUGUGCUUGGUAUAGCCUGGGGUGUACUCAGCAAGGUGACAUCUUUGAAAUCAGGUUUCCCCCCCAUGGAAAUCGUCUCAUUGGAUCCCUUCCUGCUGAGUUGUCCUUACUGACUGGGUUGAAGCGCCUUUUGGCUUCUUCAAAUGGCAUUGGUGGUACUUUGGAUGCUCCUCUUGCUGGCCUGUCAUUGCUUGAGAUCUUGUAUCUGCCAUCAAACCAGCUCAGCGGUUCUAUCCCCGAUUCGCUCUAUAGCUUGACCAGCUUGAACAGUUUGACGCUUGCCGAAAAUGCUCUCACGGGUACUAUGAGCCCUGAUAUUGGACAGCUUGUGUCUCUCAAGGAUCUCUUCUUGCCUAGUCUAGAGAAACUAAGAAUCGAAGGAAACCAACUUUCAGGAAGUAUCCCUGCGGCCGUUUGUGCUCAGCAGCUGGUGACAUUGGUAGUUGACUGUGAAGUGCAGUGUACCUGCUGUGACAACUGCGGAGAUGCAGCAGUAGCUGCCAUUGAUGGUUCCACUGGAGGGCUGGAAUCCUUUGUGGCGUACUUGAAGACCCUGCCUUUUACACUGUCCAGUGCUUUUGAUGAUUCCAGUUCCCCACAAUCACGUGCUGCUUCCUGGGCCAUUGAGGAGGAUGGCUUGUCUGCAAGUCUCCCAGUGCGCGAUCCUAAGUUGUUGCAGAGAUACGCUCUGGCCGCUUUUUACUUUGCAACAGGCGGAGACAGCUGGAGUCAAUGUGGACGCAACUCAGCUGGUUGUGCAACCAGCAAUCCCUGGUUGACAGCUGCUGAUGAAUGUACCUGGUUCAGCUUGGGUUGCUCCAACGAUGGAGUACUUGUCGAAAUCAGAUUUCCUCCCGAUGGGAACCGUCUCAUUGGGCCUGUUCCUCCAGAUGUGUCUUUAUUGUCUGGCUUGAAGCGUUUCUCGGCUCCCACAAAUGCGAUGAGUGGUAGUUUGGAUGCUUUUUCUGGCCUAUCAAACUUGCAGACGCUCUAUGUGUCAUUGAAUCGAUUCAGAGGGUCCAUACCCGCUUCAGUUUACUCCUUGACAAGCUUGGACACACUGUCACUUGAACAAAAUGCUCUCACAGGUUCCAUCAGCACUCUGAUUGGAAGGUUGACAGAUGUAUCAGUUUUAGAACUUGGGAGUAGCUCCUUGGCUGGGCCCAUACCUGAUGUGUCUCGGUUGAUGCAUCUUUCGGAGUUGAAUUUGGAAAAGACCUCAUUAUCAGGAACAAUCCCAGAAAGCAUUGGGUCGCUGCAUGCAUCUCUCACGGAUGUCUUUCUGAAUGACAAUCGGCUCACUGGACCUGUUCCAGCGGCCUUCGGCCAGCUGACAAAACUUGAAACACUACAGAUCCAAGGCAACCAGUUGACGGGAACUAUUCCCGUGGCUUUCUGUUCUCAAAACAUGUCAGCUCUGGUUGUUGAUUGUGACUUGGAUUGCAGCUGCUGCGAUAGCUGUGGACAACCAGAACAAGCGACAGCUGGAAUUGUGGUGGUUGUAGCUGGUCCGUCAAAUGGUGUUGGACAAGCCGCAUCAGCAGGGGCGUCACCGUUAGUGCAGUAUCUGGAGACCCUUCCAGUUACUGCUCCUGGUGUCUUCAAUGACCCCAAUUCUCCACAAUCCCUUGCUGCAUCCUGGAUCACAGAUGAAGACCUCUACAGUGCAGGCCUCCCAACCACUGACCCAAAGUUGUUGCAGCGGUAUGCCUUGGCCACAUUCUACUUUGCAACAAAUGGAGAUAACUGGGAGUUCUGUGGACGAGAAUCACUGAGCUGCACAGCAACGACCUGGUUGACUGAUGAAGACGAAUGUACCUGGUUCAGCCUGGGGUGUACAAACCAGGGUGUAGUUUGGGAAGUCAGAUUUCCUGCCAACGGGAAUCGAAUCAAUGGCCCCAUUCCUGCGGAGUUGUCCUUAUUGACUGGCUUGAAACGUUUCUUGGCCUCUUCCAAUGCUAUGGGUGGAAGUUUGGAUGCUCUCGCUGGCUUGUCAUUGCUGGAGAUCCUGUAUCUCCCAUCUAACCAAUUCAGAGGUUCCCUCCCUGAUUCGCUCUACUCCUUGACCAGCUUGAAGACUGUGUCACUUGCGCAGAAUGGCCUGACAGGGUCUAUUAGCCCUCAAAUUGGUCAGUUGACAGACUUGGGAGUUCUGGAAUUGGGUUCCAGCACGCUGGCUGGGCCCAUCCCAACAGAGAUGUUCCAGUUGGUGCAUCUUAAAGAGUUGAAUGUGGAGAGAGCAUUCUUGACUGGAACCAUUCCAGAAAGCAUCAGAUUGCUCAAUGCAUCUCUCACGGAUCUCUUGUUGAACAACAAUGGACUCACUGGUCCUUUACCACAAGGCUUGGACCAUUUGACAGCCCUUGAAAAACUAGAAAUCCAAGGAAACCAAUUGACGGGUACCAUUUCGGCAGCGGUUUGUGCUCAGCGUGGAUCGCUCGCGCAGGAGUUGUCCACCUUGAUGGUGGAUUGCGAAGUGGAGUGCAGCUGUUGUGACAAUGCCAACUGCGCAUCUUAG